AACGGUCCAAAAUUCACUGCAAACACUAUCCCCAUAAAUGUAUAUUUCUACAUUGCGCAUCAUCAGCAAUCAUUUGAACACAAGGAAGAAAACUAAGCUAGGCAACAACAAAGAAUGGCUUCUCUGCCCAUACUUUCCUUUGUUCCUUCAACAACAAGGGUUUAUGCAACAGCUGCAAAAGGUGCAGGUGGAAGCAAAGAAGAGAAAGGGCUUCUGGAUUGGAUUCUUGGUAACUUGAUCAAGGAAGACCAGUUUUACGAAACUGACCCUCUCCUCAAGAAAGUUGAAGACAAGAAUGCCGGUGGUGGUGGCACCACCAGUGGUCGCAAGAACUCUGUUUCAAUCCCUCAGAAGAAGAAGGACAAUGGCAAUGGCAAUGGUGGUGGCUUUAGACUUGGAGGUCUUUUAAGAAAUGAAAAGAUACUACUAUAAUAUAUAUCUCAAUCAUGCAUCUUGGUUUGGAAUCAAUUCAUAUUUUGUAUCUUCAAUAUCAUAAAUCCUUUCUUCAUUCUUGAACACUAAGCUAUUAUUAUUAAUCUCCUUCAA